GAGUGUUUGGGAAACCACCGAUACACCGCUGUUGUUUUUUCUCCAGAAAAAAAAAGCCUCCGAAAAGGUGGACUAAAGUGUCAGGAGCUGCUUUUCCUUUUUGCCAACAUUCCUUCUCCCUUUCGUUUACUUCCCCCUCUCUCUCUCUCUCUCUCUCUCUCUCUCUAUCUCUCUCUCUCCCUCUCUCUUGCCGUGUCUGUGCACUGACUUCUCUCAUUGACUCACUCCUCCCUGCUUCAGCUGGCUGACUGAGUGCGCUGACACUGGGACCACUACCUGCUGCCUGGGGAUUAAACGCGCUAUGAAUACCCGGAGCCUAAUUUGUUGUUUUGGCUGCCAGUGAAUGUUGGAUCCCCUCAGAGGAGAAGCUGGAGCAUAAAUCCUCGUGGCCAGGACACUGGGAGCGCCUCUGGACUAAGACAACCCUACCAAAAAAAGGAUUGGAUGCUUGAAGAAGCGUAUAAAAGAGACGACAAACCCAAAGAAAAGAGAGCAAAAGACUGGACAAGUUUUUCUGAAAGGAGCUAAAUCAACCCGCCGCUUAUGAGGAUAAGGACGCUAUGAGAAGGUUUUCUUCUCAUUAUUUGGUUGGGAUUCUCUGUCACGGUGCUGACAUGAGCCCUACAAAUCUCCACCUCAUGCUUCUUGGUUGAUUUCUGAUCACACACACACACAGAUUUCUCUCCUUUUCUCUCUGUGAGUUAAUUCAUCCAGAGCGUCUCUGUGUUUCACUGCUCACCCAUAGCCGCUCGGUGGAGAAGACGUCUCGGCACUGACAGGUUGAGUGGGAUUGCGAUUGUUCUCCCCUCCAACUUUUUACCCCCCUCCCCCUCCAACCUCCUUCUUCAGACCUGCUUUUGAGCACCAAAACACCAACGGGCUCGGGGGGAGGCUGCUUACCCUCCUGCAUGAGACUGGCUGGGAAAAAAGGUUAUUGAACCGCGGAGGAGUGGCAGGCACGCAGGAGAGAAGGGGUGGAAAAACAAACCAUAUCCGUGGUCCCGGGAGCAUAUGGUUUAGCGAGAGGCAGCCAGCUGCUUUCCAGCCAUCCUGCUAAUCACGCUACAGCAGAUACAAGUUGCUCCGGUGAUGUGUCAGGUUUGGACGGAUCUUACAUGCUGUGGUCAUUUAUCUUUUCACUGUGACAGAAGCCAAAGGAGUGGGUCCAGUGGAUACAAAGAAGCAGUUGUGAGUUAGAGGAGUAAAUCAUUGCUCAUGAGAGCAGCUAACCCUCGUUGUCCCAGCCGGCAACAGCCACAGGGAGGCUAAGAAAGAUGCUCGGCUGUCACCUCUUAGGGAAAUACUUGUGACACAUGCUGUUGGUGAUCACCAGACCUUGGCUUGGUUUGUAAAGGCUUUUGACAAGGGAAAGGAGGGGGGGAGUGCUUGAGGAGCCGGUAUCCCCGCGGACCCCUAUCACGUCCGUCUAAUUACCAGUCAGGGUCACUUGGAAGAAAGGAGAGGAUUCCUUUUGUGGAUUUACUGUCGGUCCGCAGUGGGAAGUUUUUCGUGUGGAUAUCUUGACAAUCAAAAAACACAACCAAAUCCUAAUGCAUGAAUCUCUGGCUUAGGUGCCUCUCACACACAUACAUGCCACACACGUACUGACACACAUUUCCAAACACAUUAUCACCACCCACUUAAAUCCACACACAUACUUUCAUAAGGAUAAACCAGUUCACCACACACAUACAAUCCUCACACAUUGAAAGCCCAUUAGUUUGUCUUUUUCCCAGCGGGCACAGCAGAAUGGAGGUAGUGUGGACAGGUGGGGGGUUGUAGGAGUCCAGCGUCCCCUGUCCCCCCGUCUGUCCUCUUUUCCCAAAUGGAUGUUAUUAUCUUUAAAAAUGUGUUGCCUGGAAACCGCUAAAAGCUUGCCGCCGCGAUUCUCUGCCAGAAACAGCCACCGGGUCCCCGCCACGGUGCACAGCUGGAACCGCAGCUGAAACACCGACCAUUACGCUUUGGCUUUUUAUUUAUUUAUUUUUUUCCCCCUCAUCUUCAUUCUGUGCCCUUACCCCAACCGCCACCAUUUUUUCCAACGGGUCUUUGGGCACCCCUCGUCGCCCUCCUCGCCCCAUGGUCUCCUCCGCGCUGGAGGGGAGGGGGUCAUUGGAGUGGACUAUGAGCGGGUGCCACUAUCCCUCGCCAACGCCGCCAGAGCGGGACCGCAGGUAUCAGCACAAGGUGUCUCUGGUGGUGCGCUACUUCAUGAUCCCCUGCAACAUCUGCCUGAUCCUGCUGGCCACGUCGACACUGGGGUUUGCCGUGCUCCUGUUCCUCAACAACUACAAACCUCCUCAAUUCACGGUGCCCCAGCUUCCUGAUGGCUGCAAAGGGAUGUUGUGUGGCUUCGGAGCCGUAUGUGAGCGAGACCCAACAGACCAGGGCAAGGCUGAGUGCGUUUGCAAGAGAGUGGAUUGUCCAUCCUUGGUAGCACCUGUUUGCGGCUCGGAUUCGUCCACCUACUCCAACGAGUGCGAGUUGGAGAAGGCACAGUGCAAUACACAGCGACGCAUCAAGGUGCUGCGCAAGGGACCCUGCUCUCUGAAGGACCCCUGCACCGAGGUGACCUGCAGCUACGGCAGCACCUGCGUCCAGUCGUCAGAUGGCUUGUCGGCCAAAUGCAUGUGCCCCCUGGGCUGCGAGGGCAAAGCAGAGAAGACGGUGUGCGGCAGCGACGGGAGGGACUACCGCAACGAGUGCGAGCUUCAUCAGCACGCCUGCAAGAACCAGAAGAACAUACGCGUGCAAUACCAAGGACACUGCGACCCGUGUAAAGACAGCGAUAACAGCCUGAACACCAUGUGUCGGGUCGAGGCCCUCACCCGCCAGCCCCUCGUCUUCGGCCCGCCAGAGUCUUGCCCCCCAGGUAACGAGCCACUGUGUGCCAGCGACGGUAUAACCUACCCCAGCGAGUGCGCCAUGACAUCUACAGGCAUCCGCAAAGGCAUCAAACUCAGGAAGAUCCACGCAGGACCAUGCAGAAGGCUGGAGGAGUGCAAGGAGGACUGCCUAUUCAAUGCGGUGUGUCUGGUGGAGCCGCUGACCACCCGCUGCUCCUGCGACCCCAUCGAGUGCGACGGCACGUACAAGCCCGUGUGCGGCAAGGACGGCAAAACACACACCAACGACUGUAUGCGACGCAAGGCAGAGUGUGUGAGCAGGACCCUCAUCCCCAUCAAGCACCAAGGGCCUUGUGAUCUCGACACACCGAGCCCCUGCUUGGAUAAGAGGUGCGAUCACGGGGCGGUGUGCGUGGUGAAGAACGACGAGCCGGUGUGCGAGUGCCCCGAGGCGUGCCCGCAGACGUCCGACCCGGUGUGCGGAUCCGACGGCCACAGUUAUGGCAGCCCCUGCGAGAUGAGAGCGAUGGGUUGCGCCCUGCAGAAAGCCAUUCACAUUCAACACAAGGGACCCUGCGAUGAGACUUGUGCCAAUUGCUCCUUUGGUGCAAUCUGCGAUGCCCAGAGCGGGCAGUGUGUGUGUGCAUCGGAGUGUGUGGAGUCCCACCAGCCCGUGUGUGGCAGCGAUGGCUCUACCUACAACAGCGAGUGUGAGCUGCACGUACGGGCCUGCAAAGAACAGAUGGAACUCCGAGUGGUCAGCCAGGGAGAGUGCAAAACAUGCGGCAGCACUGUGUGUGCCUGGGGCGCCCGGUGUGUCCAGAAUAAGUGCGAGUGCCCACAGUGCUCCGGUGAGGCGUUCUCUCCGGUGUGUGGAAGUGACGGCACCACCUACGACAACGAGUGUGAGCUCCACGUGUCCUCCUGCAUGCAGAAGAGGGGAAUUGAUGUGGCGAAGCGCGGCAGCUGUGAUGAAGAUUGUGGCUCCGGAGGGUCUGGUUCAGGCGCGGAGAGCUGCGAACAGGACCGCUGUCGCCUGUUUGGAGGCUCGUGGGACGAGGACGCAGAAGAUGACCGCUGUGUGUGUGAAUUCAGUUGUCAAAGUGUGCCUCACAACCCGGUUUGUGGCUCAGAUGAAAAAACCUACAGCAACGAGUGUGAGCUGAAGAAGGCCAGAUGUGAGAAACAAGAGCACUUGUUGAUUCGGAGUCAGGGACCCUGUGCAGUGAUUGCAGCCACAUCUCUGCCUGAGCUGAGAGCGCAACAGCACUGCAGCCUGUCUGUGUACGGCUGCUGCUCCGACAACAUGACGGCAGCCUUGGGAGUGGGACUGGCUGGAUGUCCCAGUACCUGUCAGUGUAAUGUCUACGGCUCCUACAAGGGGACAUGCGACCCAGCCACCGGUCAGUGCUCUUGUAAGCCGGGCGUUGGGGGACAGAAGUGCGACCGCUGCGAACCAGGCUUCUGGAACUUCCGUGGCAUUGUGACAGAGAACAUCAGCGGGUGCACACCUUGUAACUGCGAUGCCACAGGCUCCGUCCGGGACGACUGUGAACAGAUGUCGGGCCUGUGCUCCUGCAAGAUGGGAGUGAAGGGCAUGAAGUGCAACGUGUGUCCAGAUGGAAGCAAGAUGGGCAUGAAUGGCUGCGACAAAGGUCCAAAGGCUGUGACCUCAUGUGAAGAGGUAGAGUGCAGUUUUGGAGCUUCUUGCAUUGAGGAGAAUGGCCAAGCCCACUGUGAGUGUCCUUCACCUGACUGUGAUGAGAAAAACAAAACCAAGGUGUGUGGCUCAGAUGGGGUGACCUAUGCCGACCAGUGCCAGCUGAGGACCAUAGCCUGCAGGCAGGACAAGGACAUCACAGUGCAACACUUUGGACAAUGCACAGAAACCAUCUCCGAGCCGGCAGUACGACCCACUCCCAACCCCUCCGCCUCUUACCCCAGCUCUGCCGCCACCAUCACCACCACUGCCAUCCACCCCAACAUGGUGUGGGCCAUCCCGUCUCCGGAGACAGUGGCGCCAGGGGCCACCACCCCCUCUCCCACCAUCACCCACAACCACCGCCACCCCAUCCACACCCAGCCUCAGCCGCGGUCCACCGUCGCCGCCGCCCACACCACCUCCUCCUCUCGCAGCAGCCCCACGCCCUCCGCCGCCUCCUCCUUCGAGGGCUCGGGCAGCGGAGAGCCAAGCGGAGACGAGCCGACCGAGGAGGAGGAGGAGGAGGAUCUGGACGAGGACAAUGGUAGCGGUGUCACAGAGUCCAGUGGGACACCGGAGCCUGUCGGUCCCACAGUUGCAAGCACCACCGUACCCACAGCUGAGGAUAGGUCUUCCUGUGACAACAUGCCAUUCGGCUGCUGCCCCGACGGCAAGACACCGGCCAGCACUCCAGAGGGCGCCAACUGUCCCUCCACCAUGAGAUUCAGCGGUUUCCUGCACUUGGACCAGGUGGAGGGACAGGAAAUGUUCUACACACCUGAGAUGGAGGAUCCCAAGUCGGAGCUUUUUGGAGAGACGGCCCGCAGCAUAGAGAGCGCUCUCAAUGAGUUGUUCAGAAAGUCGGAGGUUCACAAAGACUUUAUGAGCGUUCGUGUCCGUAACCUGGCGCCCAGCAACUCCAUCCUGGCCUUUGUGGAGGCUCACUUCAAACCAGAUACAAGAUACACGGUGGAGGACAUUGAAGAAGCCCUGCUGAAACAGCUGAAGGCCUCCAAAGAGACCAGCAUUGCUGUGAAGAAGCCGGAGGAGAAGAAUAUUCGCUUCACCAAUUAUGGCCUCUCCUCCAUCCCCUUCUUCACCACCACCACCACCACCACAGCAUCAAUAACCACAGCUGCUCCCACCACUACUACCACCACCAGGCCUCCGCCAACCACCCCUUACAUCACCCGUCGCCCGCCGGGCACUACCCGCAGGCCCUAUAGGCGCACCACCACCACCUCGGCACCAGUCACCACACCGCUACCCGUCACCACGACCACACUGCCUCCCGUCGCCACCACCGUCUUCCACACCAGGGGAAAACUUCACCACAAGACCCAGAAGCCCUGUGACUCCCACCCCUGCCUCCACGGGGGGACGUGCGAGGAGGAUGGCAACGAUUUCAGCUGCAAGUGCCCCGCCGGACGAGGAGGCUCCGUGUGUGAGAAGGUGAUCAAGUACUUCAUCCCAUCGUUCGGUGGCCAGUCCUACUUGGCCUUCCAAACCAUGAGCGCCUACCACACGGUCCGCAUCGCCAUGGAGUUCAGAGCGUCCGAGACGACGGGCAUUCUGCUCUACAACGGCCAGGACGGCAAGAAGGACUUCAUCUCUCUGGCUCUGGUCAACAGCAGGGUGGAGCUCAGGUUCAACACAGGCUCGGGAACCGGCACAUUGGUCAGCAAAGUCCAAAUCAGCCAGGGUCGCUGGCAUCAGCUGGUGGUCACUCGCAACAGACGCAACGCCAUGCUCAGUGUGGACAACGAGCCGCACAUUGAGGGCGAGAGUCCACGUGGUACAGAUGGCCUCAACCUCGACACCCACCUGUUCAUUGGAGGAGUAACCGAGGAAAUGAAGCAGGAUGUAAGGGAAAGGACAGGGGUGGCCACAGGACUGGUCGGCUGUAUCCGCUUGCUUGAUGUCAACAACCGGGUACUCAACCUGCAGGAAAGCGGGGGCGACAGUCUUUACGGCAGCAGUGUCGGUGAAUGCGGCAACAACCCCUGCCAGCCAAAUCCAUGCAAGAACGGCGCAGCAUGCCAGGUCAAGGAGGCAGAGAUGUUCCACUGCAAGUGCAGCAAAGGAUUCUGGGGUCCAACUUGUGCUGACGUCCACGAUCCAUGCGACCCCAACAGGUGCCAUCCAUCCUCCCAGUGCCAGGCGCUGCCCGAGGGAGGCUACAAAUGCGAGUGUCCAAUGGGACGUGAAGGAAGGCACUGCGAGAAAGUUGCUGAAAGAAGAGGGGCUUACAUGCCACUGUUCAAUGGAGACUCAUACCUGGAGCUGAAGGGGCUUCAUCUCUACGGCCAUGAUCUGCGUCAAAAGGUCAGCAUGACAGUGGUUCUCAUGGCCAACGACUCCAACGGUUUGAUAUUCUAUAACGGCCAAAAAUCGGACGGAAAAGGAGACUUCAUCUCUCUGUCCCUCAACGAAGGGAUCCUGGAGUUCCGCUACGACCUGGGCAAGGGACCCGCUACCAUCAGGAGUAAGGAGCCCAUCCAGCUGAACGUGUGGAACACCAUCAACCUGGAGCGCUCUAACCGCAAAGGAGAGAUCAUGGUGAACAAGAAGGACCCUGUGCGAGGAGAGGCACCGAACCUGCACGUAGAUCUUAACCUGAAAGAGUCUCUUCUUGUUGGUGGAGCUCCUGAUUACAGCCGACUGGCAAGAGUCGCUGCUCUCACAGAUGGCUUCAAGGGAACAAUCCAAAAGAUCAUUCUGAUGGGUACGCCCAUCCUCAUGGAGGUGAACGCCCUGCGCUCCAGCAACGUGGCCAUGUUCCAAGACCACCCGUGUUCCCAGGAGCCCUGCCUUAAUGGCGGGCGCUGCAACCCCCAGCUGGACACCUACGAGUGUGCUUGCUUCAGCGGUUUCUCAGGGGGAAACUGUCAGAACACCAUCUACGAGAAGUCUGCCGGGGAUACCGAGGCCAUCGCCUUUGACGGGCGGACGUUCAUCGAGUACCACAACGCCGUUACAAAGAGUGAGAAAGCUCUGCUGGUGAACAAAUUUGAGCUGAGUAUCCGGACGGAGGCAACCCAUGGUUUGGUGCUGUGGAGCGGGAAGGGCGUGGAACGCUCAGACUACAUCGCUCUGGCCAUCGUGGACGGACACGUCCAGAUGACGUACGACUUGGGCUCCAAGCCUGUGGUGCUGCGCUCCUCGGUGCGUGUCGACACCAACCAAUGGAUACGCAUCAAAGCCAGCAGAGCACUUAGAGACGGCUCUCUACAGGUUGGCAAUGAGGCAGCGGUAACAGGGUCGUCGCCUCUGGCAGCAACCAAGCUGGACACAGACGGAGCGCUCUGGUUGGGUGGUCUGGAGGAGCUGGCGGUGACCCGUCGGUUGCCCAAGGCCUACAGCACCGGCUUCGUCGGCUGCGUCAAGGACGUGGUCGUGGACGGCGUGGAGCUCCACCUGGUGGAAGACGCCUUAAACAGCCCCAAAAUAUUACACUGUUCCGCCGCGAAAUAACCCGGCAGAGACAACACAUUGAGAGAAAUGGAGAAAAAAAACAAAAAAAACAAGAUACCCUCCCACCCGAUCCCUCCAUAGCGCCCAUGUCUCCUGCUGUAAUUAUUUUCUAUUUUUGUAUACUUUUCAUCGCUUUUUAUAUGGAAAGAAAAUGAAUAUGUUGUUUUAAUUUUUGUUUUAUAUAUUUUGUUCUUUUUUUUCUGCACCUCCAUUCACAGAACAUACUUCCUUUUUCUUUUAACUGCCCUGGCCCUUCAUCUUUUUCCUUUUUUUUUUUAUAAAAGCAGGCAUCUCUUAUUCUUGUCAGUUUUGUUGUUUUAGAACAAACACCAACUUUAAAAAAGAAAAAAAAAAGAAGAAAGCCUGCUCCAUUUUUCUGCGCUCAUUACUUGAACACUUGUGGACCUCGCUGACGAUCUCUGGUUAUUGCCUUGUCUUGGUGCCAUAUCUAUCAUCCACAUUCCCCAAGCAUGGCCUUUUACAUCCUUGAGUGUAAACAAAAAAAACAAACAUUCCCCUCCUUCAUGAGAGCUGGACAGAGUGUACUCUGUAACGGGUGUGUGCAGCUCUCUGGAUGCUGCAGCCAGCUGGCAUCUACAGGCAAGGAACUCUGCAUUCAGCUCCAGUAGCCCGCUGUAUUUUCCUAAUGGGACUUUUCAGAUAUCAGUCAAGCUGCUACAGUGAGAAAGUACACAGUCAAAACCACUCGAUCAACCCCCCCCCCCCCCCCCUCAAUCUCACAGCAACCCUCCAAAAAAAAAAAAGAAAAGAAAAAACUCUCCACUCGAUCUGAAGCCCAUCAGAGCCUUUAGUUUUGAAAUAUGACUCACUAACACUGCAACCUGAUGUGACGGAGAGAGCGCUGCGUUCCACAAUGACUUGCAUAUCAUUAGUCAUAAGUCAAGACAUGAAUCAUAGACAUGAAUAAAUGUUAUAAAUAUAGAGUAUAUAAAUAAUACCUGAGACUGUGAAUAUGUAAGAUGGGUUCUCUUUGGGGAAUUGUGCUUCUCAUGUACUAUUGUGCGUUCUGUUUUACAAUCAGCAGAUGAACAUAUGAUGACCACUAUAAAUGCAUGCACUUCUGCAGUGUUGGUUUGAAUCUGGUUUUUGUUUGGUUUUUUUAAUUCAUAUUUUGUUUGGGAAAAAAAAAACUUUGUAAAUGUUUUUUUUUUUUGGCAAUGACUAAAAACAAUAUUCCUCUUUUUCCUCUUAUUUCCACUGGUGUGAUUACAGAAAACACAGAGCUUGGAGAAAUGUUUAUGUUUGCUCAUUCCCUGUAUCUUUUUUCUUCAUUUUACUUGGGAGCAGUUAGUUUUGCAGGACCUUGAAUGGUGCAUAUCGGGAAGAGUUGUUACCGUUUCUGACCUUAAGGAGGUGCUAAAAGCAAAGACUGAAGAGACGGACAAACAGAAAAGGAGGGCGAGGAGAGAUCUUAUCAUUGGGAGAGCUACUACUCUUGGGACUGUCCUGCCAAACAACAGUCAGUCGUCAACACAAACAAAAAAAAAGCUUCAAAAAAACUCUGCCUGAGACUUAAUUUCUUUUUGUAUUUGACCCAGGAGCAUUCCUGGAGGAAUCUUUUUUUCGGCUGUUGAGAGAGAGAGAGCGAGCAAGAGAGAGAGAGACCGAUGUUGUUGUGACCUUUUGAAGCCAUAACAGCCGCAAAAAUGGGAAAAAGAUGUAUAAUCCUACAGUACUUGCAAAUUAACAUAGUAACGCAUGGGUUUGUAUUACUAGUGCGAAUUCUGUAACAUUCUUUGCUGAACCACAAUAAGCUGCGAUGACUGACUUAAAGACACUCUUGUUUUGAUAUGAGAUCCUUGGCAAUAUUCUAAGACAAAAUCAUGCCUGUUUGUGGUUGAGUAUCAAAUAGUCUUGUACUAGUUUCUUUUUUUUUCUUCUUUUUUAAGUUCUUAAUUAUGUUUCCCUUCUGAAAUCAUCCAGCAACCUGUUUUUGUACAGCCCUGCAAUUUUUAAGUGUAAAUUUAGCAAAAUGUGUGAUCUGUGGAGGUUUAUGUUUUUAGUAAUAUACACUGGAACCAUGUCUGACUUGUCUGUUCACCCACACAUUGAUAUACUUAUGUACAUGGGGGAGGGAUAGCCCUAAAGCUAUAAGUGUGUUGUGCAUAAUCAAACUCUGAGUGUCCGCACCAGAUCAGGAAACCCUUCUCUGGUGACACAUUUAAAAUUCCAGCACUCACUCUAUUAACCUUAGACUGGUCUUAUUUUACCACGCUGUUCUUUGAAUUUGACCCAUGCAGGUGGUAACGCUUAAUAAAGGAGAGACUCCUGUGUAUUUGGAUGGACUCAUCCUACAGUAUGGACUCACGAACAAUAAUGACAAUUGCAGUCUAUGGUUUGGGUGGAAACGAUGAAUUGCCUUAAAAACCGGUCACCUCGACUCUAAGCAGGUGGCAAAGACGUCAUCCAUAUAACUGUUUCCUUACUUUUAGCCAGUGUAUUAGCCUCAUCCCCAUAAUGUAAAUGAGCAAUACAUAAUAAUAAUAAUCUAUUUUCUGUUCCUUAUUUAUGUCUACAUGUGGAUUACCCUCCAUGUCUGGCCUCUGUAAACUACUGUCUGACUGCGCAAACCUCCUCAAAGGGCAGUGCAACGAGUAAGAGUGGCAUGACCCGAACAUUACUAACUUUAUGACCUUUGUCUUGUGUUCCUACCACCAUGAAAUAAAAUGUCAACCAAAUGGA